AUGUUUGCGUCUACAAAAAAUAGUGCACCUAAAGUAUCAUCCAAGAAGACCAGAUAUAAUGAAAAUGCUCUGUAUCCAAACAAAAGUGAUUUGAAAAGAUACCUUUUGGCUAUAACAGACGGCUUAAAUUACUUUAUCGAAGCUAGCAUUGAGGAGGUGUAUGAGAAACUGAAUAUUAUGUUGUGGUUAUCUUUGAUGAAUGAUUCCAAGUUGGGUAACAACGAAGAGGUCUUGGUACAUGGUCUGAAGAGGUUCAACAGUGACGAUGGCUCCGUCAGUGACAUUCAGAUGGCGAGGUUCCAGCAGCAAUGGCAUAGUGGCUGCGACUACCUCAAGCAAUCCCUCUUCCAACUGGACAGAGUUAACGAGACUUUUUAUGUGCAUUAUCCAUGUAUAGCUUCACUAGCUAAAAAUCGAAGGGAAUUGUCUGGUAACAUCAACAGUUUUGGAUUGACCCACUGCCGGCUCAAAAAGAUAUGCAGGGGAAUCGUUAAAAAGUGGCCAAACUUCGGAUUAUAUUUAGUUAGCAGGUUAAUGAUGCUAGUGAUUGCGAACCACAUGCGUGGUUGUGCUAUAACGGUGGACGACGGCGCUCGUACCAAGGCCCUCUGCAACCAGGCCUUUAUAGAGAGCCACUACCUGGCUAAGAACAACAAAAACAUGCACUCACUCAUGAUCUAUGUGGCCCUCUGCUCAGCGUCAGGCGAGCGUAAGUUCCUGCAACGCCGCUGGUUCGAAACCCUGUUAGACCUCCAAGUCAAUGACGGCUACUUCGACGGAGCUAUCGGCCGUCGCUACCGUCACUGCGCCGUCAACUCCAUAGCUGAAAUCUGGAAGUUCAUCCCAAUAGACCUGAUGAAGUGGGAUGUGGAACAGUUCACGGCGGUGUCACUUGCUGCCUUGUCGUCCGCUGUUAGGUACAUAGUGCAGGGGCAAGAGGCAGAGAUAGGGAGAGAGAUAGGAGUAAGUGCCAUUUCUACGGUCAAAGCGGUAGGGAAUGUAAGUACUACGAGUACUUCUACGGUUAAGCCGUACGGUGGAUAUGCUCCGCCUGGCUUGGAGUACUUGUGAUGGUGAAAUGUUAACAAAUUAAGCAUACGAGCAAAG